CGGCCCUCAAUCCUACCAUACAUAUAUUUUGAAUUAUAUUGGUCGUGAAAAUCAAUUUAGACCGUCAUACUUUCAACAAACAAGAGGAAUGACACACAUUUGGAAAACGACGCCUGCCUGAUUUCAAUCAAGUAACUUGUUUAUGAUAGAUUUAUCAUCAAGUUCUAACAAGUCUAAUGAAGUACAAUGGCACGUUGAUUGCUGCGAAAUGAAGGUAAACAAAUUGACCAUAAUGCAAUUAUGAAUCCAUUAGUGCUCCCUGCAGAACAACAUCAUGGGAGGUACUUGGAGCGGCUGUGCGGAACCGUCAGAUCGCUGUGCCACAGAGGUUUGUGGUCGGCGAGCGGACCCUCCAUUCGAUAGAGUUUUCGAUGAAACUUUGUCAUCAUCGUCGGACCCCGUUUUCCGCAACCGCGAAUUUGGGAGUACAAACGAGCCUCAGAGCAUUGCAGGCCCUCAAAAUUUGGGGGUACACACCAGCGCCUUGUCACAAGACGAUGUCAAUUACGGUUGCGUAGUAGAAAAUUCCAUUCUACUGUUUUCAAUACCUCCCUAUCAUGAAGAUGUCGACGUCGUGAGCAAGGUCACCUCUGUGCCACAAUGAAUAAUGUUUUUGGUGCUUUUUCUUCUUAUGGCAGAUUCCCAGAGGUUUAGUAGAGGUUGGUAAAAGAGGUAAAGUCCACUGCAAAACAAGUGGAGAAUCACUGGAAGGGGUAUGGAACAAAACUGCAAAGCGACAUCUUCUAAGCACAGUACAUGAGUGCGCUGCAACAGUAUCGUACUACGUUCGACCAGACCUCGUUUCCGAUGAUUCUCCAGCAGCACUAUCCGCCAGUGCCGCCAUCGCGCAUGGUCUCCUCAACCGGUUCGCCGGGAGACGAGGAUGCUCCAGCAUCGGCUGCCACGGGUGGAGCUCCCGGAGGAGCGCUGGCAUGGAGUCCACCGCAGUUUCGCGCAGCGUCCAUUGCGGGUGGGGGAGGAGCUCCGUCACUGAUGUCGUCGACCAGUGGCGGAUUUCGGAAUGUGAGCACCGCAUUUUCACCUUUUUCACCAGUCGGUCCACAUGCGUGGCCUGUACGGUCGGAUCGGCUCGGAGGGUCAGUGGCGUCGAUGCUAGCGUCACAAGAGGACGCGAGUGUCUUCUUCGCGGCGCGCGGAGGCGCCGAGGGGGACAUAUACGAAAACUUGCUUGGCUCAGUCAGUGCGCCGGUUCCGAGGCCACCGGUCGCAGCGUCUGCUAUUCAACCACCGGCACCAGUUGCGGCUGAAGGAAACGGCGGUCCGGGGGACAAAAGAGGAAUGGUGCGAGCGCCGGGGGCGACCGCAAGUAGCACCAGAAGGCAUCUGCAAGGGUCGCAUAACUCGAACCAAGUAACUCGAAACACGUUCCCAGUUGGCGGGACGUCGGCAAAGGCCCGGCGCGCCUCACCUCAGGUUUCACCGCGAGACUUUGCUGUGCCUGAAAUCACGCCCCGCAUUCCGCGGAGCAGCCUGCGUCAGAAAACUGGCUCAACCAGCCGCAGGACAUCGGGAGGAAUGCGAGUGCACGCUCCUGCAGAGCAAUAGCGGAUCUCUUGCAAGAGGUUCGCGUGAGUACGACUCCGCUGCAUGUAUCAGAUCGAUGACCAUGCAUAUUUAUUGGGACAACAUAUUCAUUGAAGUUCUCGAUGAACGUUCAAGAGCAUAGCUGUAUUGCGGAGUUGAAAUGAGUCCAGCGUUAGAACGAAUAAAUCUUUAAUUUUAGUUUGGAUUGUAGUAUCAUCUCAUUGCGAAGAGAUUUAGAAAUGUGUGGCUGCUCAUUCACAGCAAAGGCAUCUUUGCAGCAAAUCGCAAUUGGGGCCUAGAUUGACAUGCAGUCAUGGCAUCUUCUAUUGCAGUUAUAUUUAAAGGCUGGGAAGGUCGUAUGUUUUCUAUGGAAAAUGACGCGUACUUACUUACAACUAUUCUACACACUUGCAAAAACUUAUUCAUCACUUUGAAUACAUCCGGGGAAGCGAAGUAUCCUAGUAUUCAUUGGCU